GCCUAUCGAUGUGUCAGCAGCAACUCUGAAGUGUAGAAUUGUGUUCUGUGAGAAAUUAAAGCGCUCAAUUAAAAGCCGGCAGAUAUGCUCCACAGUUCAAAGGACGGUUUGACAAGGAAUCACAUAUUCCUGUCGCCCAAUGGCGAAUACAGCCGUCCUAUGCUAAAGCUGUGCGAGCAUUGUGUGUCCCACGAAAAGAAAGUACUCCUGCUGACCCAACAACAAUUUAAUCUGCCUGUCACACUGAAGAAGCCGCGUUCGCUCGUCCAUAUGGAACGCUGGAUAAGCAUCACGCUGAACGACAUUGAGAGCGCACCGCGUCGCAUUAUUGAAUUGUUCGACUGCCAGCCGCGUCCUGAUCUCAUUAUAUUCGAUAUGUAUUCGAUUGUCGCCGAACUGCUUAGCCGUCCUGUGCUGCAACAGUGCACAACCCCGACUCUGGUCCGGCAUAUAGCCAAGUGUGCCGCUGCCUUCUGUAAUUAUCUAGAAAUGGUGCAGGCCUACAAGCAGAAGCAAAAACUAAACGCUGUCGACGCCAUCAUUGUCCUGCCCACCGAAUCAUACCCGCUGACACAGGCGCAAUUCAAACUGCUCAUCGGUCUCUACUUCAGCGACAACGAGGUCUAUACAAACUUUGCCUCGCUCUCCGAACGAAUUGGCCUCUCCAUGGGCCUGCACUGA